GAAGUUCGAAGCCAAUCACCGCCCGAGCCACUCGGAGGAGAGCAACGCCGGCGCGAAACCAACUCCGGCGACAGGCCCGCUCGUCGGCGAAACUAUAAGGAAAUAGGAAUAAUGGCCGCCGCUCUACUUAUGCGAGCCCUUCGCUCGGAGGGCCGUCAGCAACUCAAGCCCUUAUUAUCCGCCCCAGCUUCCCCUUUACGCUUCUAUUCCAGAGUCGCUUCCUCCUCCUCUUUUAUUUCUUCGCCCCAUCGUUGCUUCUCCUCCGCAGCUGCCUCCUCUCCGGCGUCCGCCUUCGCACUCGGAAGCUCGAUGGACCCUAGCAGGAUCCGUAACGUCGCCGUCAUCGCCCACGUUGACCACGGGAAGACGACCCUCAUGGACCGGCUCUUGCGCCAGUGCGGCGCCGACAUCCCUCACGAGCGCGCUCUUGAUUCCAUCACACUCGAGCGAGAACGCGGCAUCACUAUUGCCUCCAAGGUUACUUCUAUUUCUUGGAAGGAUAACGAGCUCAACAUGGUUGAUACACCUGGGCAUGCUGAUUUUGGUGGCGAGGUUGAAAGAGUUGUUGGCAUGGUUGAAGGAGCUGUCUUGGUUGUUGAUGCUGGGGAAGGUCCUUUAGCACAGACAAAAUUUGUUCUUGCAAAGGCAUUGAAGCAUGGUUUGCGUCCAAUACUACUACUAAACAAAGUUGACAGGCCUUCAGUGUCGGAGGAGACUUGCAAUGAGGUUGAGAGUUUGGUAUUUGAUCUUUUUGCAAAUCUCGGUGCUACAGAGGAACAACUGGAUUUUCCUGUUCUUUAUGCAUCUGCAAAAGAAGGUUGGGCUUCAUCAACAUUCACAAAAGAUCCUGCAGUCGAUGCACGGAAUAUGUCACCUUUGCUUGAUGCCAUCACAAGUCAUGUUCCUCCACCUUCAGCAAAUGUUGAAGCUCCUUUUCAAAUGCUGGUCUCCAUGAUGGAGCGUGAUUUUUAUCUUGGGCGGAUAUUGACUGGGCGUAUAUCAUCUGGAGCUAUCCAUGUAGGAGACAAGAUACAAGGCCUUAGAUGUACAGAUGGUGGAGUUGAGAAGAUUGAGGAAGGAAAGGUAACCAAACUUAUGAAAAAGAAAGGAACAAGUAUCAUCAUGAUUGACAGUGCUGGAGCUGGUGAUAUCAUCUCCGUGGCUGGUUUAACAAGUCCUUCAAUUGGUCACACUGUAGCAAAUAUUGAGGUAACUACUGCACUACCGACCGUUCAAUUGGACCCUCCAACAAUAUCAAUGACUUUUGGUGUGAAUGAUUCCCCAUUGGCUGGCCGUGAUGGGACACAUUUGACUGGAGGUAAAAUCGGUGAUCGACUUUUGGCAGAAGCUGAAACAAAUCUUGCAAUAAAUGUUCUUCCUGGACAAGUAUCAGAAUCAUUUGAAGUCCAGGGAAGGGGUGAACUCCAGUUAGGUAUUUUAAUUGAAAAUAUGAGGCGUGAAGGAUUCGAACUCUCUGUUUCACCUCCAAGAGUGAUGUAUAAAACUGAAAAAGGUCAGAAGCUAGAACCUAUAGAAGAAGUAACUAUUGAGAUUAAUGAUGAGCAUGUUGGGCUUGUCAUGGAAGCCCUUUCUCAUAGGCGAGCUGAGGUGACGGACAUGGGUCCUGUUCCAGGGACUAGUGGAAGGACUAGAAUGUCUUUGACUUGCCCAUCUAGGGGCCUAGUUGGGUAUAGAAGUGUAUUUAGCACCGACACUCGUGGCACUGGCUUCAUGCAUCGCGCUUUCUUAACCUAUUCCAAGCAUCGGGGUCAGCUUGGUAAUGUCAGGAAAGGAGUACUAGUAUCUUGUGGUAAAGGAAUUAUCACUGCGCAUGCACUCAUGAGUUUAGAAGCUCGUGGAACACUCUUUGUCUCACCUGGAAUGGAGACAUACGAGGGUAUGAUCGUUGGUGAACAUUCACGUGAUAAUGACCUUGAUAUAAACCCUGUGAGGACGAAAGAGUUGACAAACAUCCGAGCACCUGGAAAGGAUGAGAACGUCAAGCUUUCCCCACCUCGUUUGAUGACCCUAGAAGAGGCCAUCGGUUAUGUUGCUUCGGAUGAGCUCAUCGAGGUAACACCAAAAUCUGUUAAGAUGAGAAAACGAUAUCUGGAUGCCAAUAAAAGGAAGAUGAUGAAAGGCAAGAAGGAUUACUAAUACUAAAAUUGUUCGGCAACAAGGUAAAGAUAAAAACAAUUAAUUAUGAUUUAAAUUUAAUGAUACCAAGAAAUUUUGAUAGAUUUGUAACAUGAAUAACGAUCUGUAUGAAUAAGCAACUCUACUAAAUAGCUAUAAUACUAUCUAUUAAAAUUGUUUAUUACUAGUCCAUGGACUCGAGCUUCGUUUUGUCUCUGUAUACCCCGGCAGGGUCAUUUUAUUUAAUGAAAAAGAUAUUUAUUUGCCACUA